GGCUUUUAGUGAUCUGCGUAGCAGUAGCAGUAGCAGUAGCAGUUUUAGAUCAAUCUAACCAUGCGAAAAAUCAGAAUUUCGAGUCAACAUAGACUCUCUCUUCUUCUGUCUGUGAAUCUCUCUCUCUCUCUCUCCCUCUCCCUGUGUCUCUGUAGAAUGAUGCAGAGAUGGCACAAGAAGAGAACCCAUUUCCCUCUCUUAGCAGCACUGAUCUUCUUCGUCUUUAUUGUCUGUUCAAUUCUCUACAACGAACGUAGUAUUCAACAAAUCCAUCAAAACCUUGACCACCAUGUUGAUGAUUCCCUCAAGAAAACAGCAGUACGCGAAUCUACUACAGUUCCCCCCAAUUAUAGCCUCCCAGUGGUUUUGGAUAGAUUCAGUACUUGUAGAUCCACAGUGAAGUACAGUGGUCGAAAAGCAGGGAAGAUUGUUCAUAGACCGGAGUUGGGUCGCGGGAGGGGAAUUGAGGAGAGUUGUGACUUUUUUUCCGGCAAAUGGGUUUUCGACAACACUUCACACCCACUCUAUAAUGAAUCAGAUUGUCCGUACAUGUCUGACCAGUUGGCUUGCCACAAGCAUGGACGGCCUGAUUUGGGGUACCAGUACUGGAGAUGGCAGCCCCACAAUUGCAAUUUGAAGAGAUGGAACGUGACUGAAAUGUGGGAGAAGUUGAGGGGGAAAAGACUAAUGUUUGUUGGAGAUUCACUGAAUAGAGGGCAGUGGAUAUCGAUGAUAUGUUUGUUACAGUCCAUAAUUCCAGCAGAUAAGAGGUCCAUCUCACCCAAUGCGGCUCUCACCGUUUUCAGAGCUGAGGAAUACAAUGCCACUGUGGAAUUUCUGUGGGCCCCACUUCUCGUUGAAUCUAAUUCUGAUGACCCGGUGAAUCACAGACUGGAUGAACGGAUAAUGCGUCCGGAUUCAGUUCUUAAGCAUGCGUCUCAGUGGGAGCAAGCUGAUAUACUGGUUUUCAACACAUACCUGUGGUGGAGGCAGGGGCCAGUUAAGCUGUUAUGGAGUUCUGAAACGAAUGGGAUUUGCGAAGAAAUAGAUGGUCUGGGAGGCAUGGAAUUGGCCAUGGAGGCCUGGGCUAGUUGGGUGGCUUCUAAUGUUAAUCCCCUCAAGAAGCGGGUCUUUUUCGUAACUACGUCCCCUACACAUCUUUGGAGUCGGGAAUGGGAGCCUAGAAGUGAAGGAAAUUGUUAUAAUGAGAAAACCCCUAUUAUUGAUGAAGCAUAUUGGGGAAGUGGUUCCGACUUGCCUACAAUGCGCAUGGUGGAGAAGGUGCUAAGCAAUUUGAGUUCAAAGGUUGCCGUUAUCAAUAUCACUCAGCUCACAGAGUACCGAAAAGAUGGUCAUCCUUCCAUUUAUCGCAAGUUUUGGGAAACACUAAGCCCGGAACAAUUGUCCAACCCUGCUAGUUACUCUGAUUGCAUACACUGGUGCUUGCCCGGCGUGCCUGAUGUCUGGAAUGAGUUACUAUUCCAAUUUUUGUAGAGCGAGGUAUGGUGGUCUCUUGAAACAGUUGUUAGUAUUUUCUCUAUGUGAGCUAAUAUGCCAAUUUCAUUUGUCUCAUGGAAAAACCAGAUUGUUGUGGCUCUGUACAUUAAGGCAUACUGGUGAUUCCAAUCAACGGCUAAUGAUUGUUUUCGAUAGGAUUAUGCAAUGUUUAUAUUUUAUAGUUAAAUUAUGAUUUAGUGA